AUGUCAUCGCCUUAUGAUCAACGCGGCUCUUCUCGCCGCCGUCACGGAGUGUGGAGCCAUUGGGUUCCUCUAGUCGUGACCGUCACAGUAGCCACGGUUGGUGUCGCAGCAUGGAUAUGGAGCCAGCGCAACAAUGAGGAAGAGGAGGAUGCCGCCGCCAUCCCGCAGGACCUCGACUACGAGAACGCAGACUACGGCGACAACCCACCUUACGGCGCCAGCGGUGACUCGAGGCGCGCGCCUUCCUAUGCCGAUGGCGACUUGCGACCGGGUGAAGAAGGUUAUGGCACAACACAGGGCGGCCCCCAGAUGGCCGAUGCGACAGGAUCGACUUGGGGCUCACGUAUGUCCGGCGCACUCCGGCGCACACCCAGCCCGCAACAAUUCCUCGACAAGGCCGGCAAAACCGUAGCCGCCGGAGUCGCAGCGGCUGGCACGGCCGUUGGCAGUGCGCUCGCAGCCAUAAGAGAGGAGGACAAGACGGCGUUUGCUGAUCACGAGACAUGGUCGGAGGAGGCCGAGGCGAAGAAAGAGCGCCCCUCGGAGUCGCAGUCGAGGGAACCAGGCAAGCGAAGAAGGACGGUAGCCAUUGUGGUCUCUGCAGACUCUGCGCUUGAAGAUAUUGACGAGGAUGGAUAUCAUGAGCAUGCUUCCAUUCUAUCGCACAUUCCCAAGCACAACGACUUUACGAAGAUCAAGCUGUUUAUUCUCAUCUACUCUCCUGGACUGAAGGAAGCAGCAGGAGACACAACAGGCAAUCUUCCUCCGCCCUCUCUUAGCUCUUCUUUCUCUAACAUUGGUCAUGACCAAGCGCAAACCCCCGGUGACGAGAACAAGAGUCCUCUGUAA